GACCAAAAACAGGGUAACAGAAACUGUUUGCCAAUAACUACCAGAUAAACAUAUGGUUUUGGGAGCGUUCCGUUGGAGUCGGAGAGGUGACCGAUAGCAAAGCAGGCACUCUGCAAAUCACAUUCACAGUGAUGGAUCCUUACACAAAGCAUCAUCAGAACCGCAAAAACUCUCUCUUCUAUCUCUUGUUGGUGCUGGCAGCCGCUCACCUGCUCUCUCGCAAGCUCUACCUCGACGGAGACGAAACAGUGCGCGUCAAGAAGGUCGCCGAUCUCCCCCUUCGCUUCCGUUCCGACGGAACCUUCAAGAUCCUUCAGGUGGCGGACAUGCACUACGGCAUCGGCAAGGUCACUCGCUGCCGAGACGUCUUGUCCUCCGAGUUCGAUUUCUGCUCCGAUCUCAACACCACUCAGUUUCUCGAGCGCAUCAUUCGCGCCGAGAAUCCUGAUUUCAUUGCCUUCACUGGGGAUAACAUAUUUGGAUCAAGUACACCUGAUGCUGCAGAAUCUCUUAGUAAGGCCUUUGGUCCUGCCAUGGAGUCGGGCAUUCCUUGGGCAGCAGUCCUGGGGAACCAUGACCAUGAAUCAUCUAUGAAUCGGGAAGAAUUAAUGAGCUUCAUGUCCCUUAUGGAUUAUUCUGUCUCUCAAAUCAAUCCAUCAUUUGAUGGUCUCACUAGAACUACUAAAGGUGGUGUGACAACUAAAAUUGAUGGCUUUGGGAAUUAUAACAUAAAAGUAUAUGGUGCUCCAGGUUCCACGAUGGCAAACAGUAGCAUUUUGAAUCUUUUCUUUCUUGACAGUGGAGGAAGGGCUUUCUAUCAGGGAUUUCGAACAUAUGAGGGUAUAAGGGAAUCUCAACUUAAUUGGCUCCAGGGGCAAAAACAGGAUCCUCUUAAUCCAAGUGAGGAUAUUCCCCUUGGCAAACCACCAGCACUUGCAUUUUUCCAUAUUCCGAUCCCAGAAAUUCCACAGCUGUGGUACAAAAAGAUUGUUGGCCAAUUUCAAGAGGCCGUAGCUUGUCCAAGAGUGAACUCAGGGGCCUUGAAGACCUUUGUCUCCAUGGGAGAUGUGAAGGCUGUGUUCAUGGGCCAUGACCACACGAAUGAUUUCUGCGGAAACUUGGAUGGGAUAUGGUUUUGUUAUGGUGGUGGCUUUGGAUACCAUGCCUAUGGGAAGCCUGGUUGGCCAAGGAGAGCAAGGAUCAUCAUGGCUGAACUUAAGAAGGGAAAGAAUUCCUGGAUGGGUGUGGAGAGAAUCAAGACAUGGAAACGCCUUGAUGAUAAGAAACUGAUCAAGAUCGAUGAACAAAUCCUGUGGGAUCAACGGCUGUCAAGAUGACCAUGCUACGCCGGAAGUUCUCGCCGACUGAGCCACAUGAAGAGUACCAGAUUGUGUGUCUGACUUUCUUCUUGAAAAGACUGUUACUCUUUAGUGGUCUUUGUAUCUCUCCGUUCAUUGUUGUGUAAUCCAUCUUACUGUCAUGGUUUCGGACCACCUAUACGAGGUACAUGUAGCCUUUCCACUUGAGUUGGAAAGUUGACUCUAGUUUAUUUUUCCCUUCCGCUCUACUCUCUCCAUCAAUAUUGUAAUUCUUGUAGGUCGUUAGUUACUAUAGAGUGGAAGACAAUUAGACAAAGGCCAGAUGCAUUGUGUUAAGUGUUAACAGUACUAGAAUGGAAUUAGAAAUUCAAACUACUUGUGAUA